AAAAAAAUAUAUUAAUCCUGCAAAUAACCAUUAAAGUAAGAAAUGUGGUUAAAAUUACACUAUGAAACUUCUCACAUUUUCUGAUAUUAUAAUACAUUAUCCGUAUAUAUGUAUAAAUCGCUUUCAUAUGUAUGGUUUAUUUAGUUUAACAUUUAAAUAAAUUAUUUAUAAUGUAUAUAUAAACUGCCAAUAUUUUAUCGGAUAAAUUUUUUGAUUAGUACAGAAAGGCUUCGUAUAAAAGCGCGCCAAUGGAAGAUUAUGGUUUUGUGUUUCCUGAUGACAAAGCAAUGGAUGUUCCUGCUCCAACUCCACAGGAUCUUCAGAGAAAACUUUAUUUUUUAGUAGAACAGCUUCAACAUAUGGCUGGUGAACUUCCUGCAAAAUAUCAAAUGCGUCUUCCUUAUGAAUUAUUAUCUGGUUUAGCUAAUUCUUUAUUAAAUGAUACAAUCUUUGAAAUUGUUAAAGGAUUAAUGGAAAUUCAACAUGUUACGGAAAAACAUCUUUUCCAACAGCGUCUUCAAUUAUUGAACCAACAAAAAAUUGAAAUGCAAGAAUCAUCCUUAUCAUCAAUAUCCACAGAAGAAGAAAGGACUGCAAUGAAAACAGCAUUAUACAAAAAACACAAGGAUGAAUUAAAACAACUGGAUAUGAAACUGGUCUUACAACUAGAUCAAAAAGUAGCAGACCAACAAAGUAUUUUAGAAAAAGCUGGAGUACCUGGAUUUUAUGUCACAAAUAAUCCAAUAGAAAUCCAAGUACAAAUGAGACUGUGCGACUUUAUAAUUAGACUAAGCAAAAUGGAAGUUCCAAGUUAAUAUUAAUUGUAACAUAAAAAACUGUACAAAAACAA